UCCGUGGACAGUGAAAGCAGCUUCAACGGAAGUCAUCGGCCUCGGCUGCCCGAGCGGAGCAGCAUCAGCAACUACAAAGUCAUCGCGGGCAGGCGCCAGGUCAUCAAGAUGAUGGUGGCCGUGAUGCUGACGUAUUUCAUCUGUCUCCUCCCUCUCCGCUGCAUGCAGGUGUGGGCCCUGUUCGCCUCCGACAGUGACUUCACGACCUUGGGCCAGGAGGUGUAUCUCAAUCUGAUCAACUCCAGCCGCAUCCUCAUGUACUUCAACAGCGCAUGUAACCCGAUUAUUUACGGUCUCCUGAGCUCGAACUUUAGAGCCGCUUUCAAGCAGUCCUUCCGCAACUGCAGGAUCAGCAGCAAGGACCGGUGGAAGUACAACACGGCGCACUACAAC